CCUCUGGCCGGAAGUGUGCGGGGCAGUGGGAGGCGCCGCGUCCUGAGCUGAGAGGAAAGCGAGGUCGGAAGUGCGAACGGCGAGGGAGAGGAGCGAGGCGUGUGCAGUGUUCAUGCAAAGGGGAUUGGACUCGGAAACCAAGAAACAGCUCGAAGAGGAAGAGAAGAAAAUCAUUAGUGAAGAACACUGGUACUUGGAUUUGCCAGAGCUGAAAGAGAAAGAGAGUUUGAUAAUAGAAGAGCAGAGUUUCUUGUUGUGUGAAGAUCUUCUCUAUGGAAGAAUGUCAUUCAGAGGAUUUAAUCCUGAGGUUGAGAAAUUAAUGCUUCAGAUGAAUGGUAAGAAGAAAGCAGAGGAGGUUGAAGAGGAAACAGUGGAGCUUGAUGUGUCGGAUGAAGAAAUGGCUAGAAGAUAUGAGACUUUGGUGGGGACAAUUGGAAAAAAGUUUGCCAAGAAGAGAGACCGUGCCAAUUAUGAAGAAGAUGAGAAUGGAGACAUGCAGCCCAUCAAAGCAAAGAAGAUGUUCCUAAAGCCCCGAGAUUGAAGUGGACACCCCCGGUUACAGCGCAGGGAGCAGCUCGUGUUGGAGCUCAUCCUGGUGGCAUCUCUGACGUGGUUAAUACUGUGGUGUUUAUUCAUGAAGAGAUAAGUCCAGGUUUUGAAAACAUGCUGUUUUUAGAACAGAUGUGUGGUGGAUGUUAUACAUCCUUUGCUUGGUGGUGGUCUUCAGGAGUGGGUCCCCAGCCCUCAACCUCGCAGUGUCCAUAGGUACAAGCUUGCUUCCUAGAGGUUUUUUUUAACCUCCAAUUUUUUAUCAUGCAGCUCUCUAGUCACUGACCUUGAACUGAUUUCAUAGGAAUUACUGGCCGUGUUUACAUUUUACUUUCUGUUAUUAAUCAAGUCAAGCCAGUUCAUAUAUACAUUUUGGAAUCAGCUUAUUAUCUGUAAAUUCAUCCAAAACAAACACACUGCUCCGUCCUGAGAAAUUUGCAUAUGCCAGGUCAUUGUCAGUUUAUGGUAUAAAGGUUUUUUGUUUAAAGAAUUUAAUUGUGAAAAUUGUUGCAUAAUAAA